AUGACCCGUUCCUCUUCUGAACCGAGAAAUCUACGAAAACGUCGUUUUGACGACUCAUCUGAAGCAGAUGAUCAUAAUAAUAAGAAAACUAGUACAACCAAUAGAAAUAGAAAUGAAUCUUGUGGUUCUUACGGUAACUCUCGAAUAAGUGAAACAACAAUCAAUCGAUUUACCAAGCAAAAUUAUUCUCAUCAAUAUUAUGAAUUAUAUAAAAAACGACGACAAUUACCCGUUUGGGAAUAUAAAGAAGCAUUUAUGAGUAUACUUCACAAAAAUCAAGUAACUGUUCUAGUUAGUGAAACUGGUUCAGGUAAAACAACACAAAUUCCUCAAUGGUGUGUUGAUUUUGCACUUUCAUUACCUACUUCAAAUGGACAAAAACGACGUGGUGUUGCAUGUACACAAUCACGUCGUGUUGCUGCUAUGUCUGUUGCACAACGUGUUGCUAAUGAAAUGGAUCUUUUACUUGGACAAGAAGUCGGUUAUUCAAUUCGAUUUGAAAAUUGUUCAUCAUCAAAAACUAUUUUAAAGUAUAUGACUGAUGGUAUGUUAUUACGUGAAACUAUGUCGGAUCCAUUACUUGAAUCAUAUGCAUGUGUAUUAUUGGACGAAGCACAUGAACGCACAUUGGCAACAGAUAUUUUAAUGGGUCUUUUAAAAGAAGUUGCUAAACAAAGACCUGAUUUAAAAAUAAUUGUUAUGUCGGCAACACUUGAUGCUGGUAAAUUUCGAGAUUAUUUUGAUAAAGCACCAUUAUUAGCUAUUUCUGGUCGAACAUUUCCUGUUGACAUUUUUUAUACACCCGAACCUGAACGGGAUUAUUUAGAAGUAGCUAUUCGUACUACUGUACAAAUUCAUAUGAGCGAAGAACAAGAAGGUGAUAUUCUUCUUUUUCUCACUGGUCAAGAAGAAAUUGAAGAUGCAUGUAAACGACUUCAACGUGAAGUUGAAAGUUUAGGACCUGAAGCUGGUGAACUUAAAUGUAUUCCACUUUAUUCCACUUUACCACCUAAUUUACAACAACGUAUAUUUGAACCAGCACCACCAAAUAAAUCUAAUGGUGCUAUUGGUCGUAAAGUUGUUGUAUCGACCAAUAUUGCUGAAACAUCAUUAACUAUUGAUGGUGUUGUAUUUGUCAUUGAUCCUGGUUUUUCGAAACAAAAAGUUUAUAAUCCACGGAUACGAGCCGAAUCACUUCUUGUGACACCAAUAUCAAAAGCUAGCGCACACCAACGAGCUGGUCGUGCUGGACGAACUCGUCCAGGAAAAUGUUUUCGGCUGUAUACAGAACACGCAUAUAAAAGUGAAAUGCACGAAAAUACGUAUCCAGAAAUUCUUCGAUUAAAUUUAAGCAGCGUUGUGUUACAAUUAAAAAAAUUAGGUAUUGAUGAUCUUGUUCAUUUUGACUUUAUGGAUCAUCCAGCAUCUGAAACAUUAAUGCGUGCAUUAGAGCUAUUAAAUUACUUAGCUGCUAUUGAUGAUGAAGGUGAUUUAACUGAAUUAGGUUCAAUGAUGGCUGAAUUUCCCCUUGAUCCACAAUUAGCUAAAAUGGUUAUAGUAUCAUGUGAUUAUUCAUGUUCAAAUGAAAUUUUAUCCAUAGCAUCAAUGCUUUCUGUGCCGCCAUGUUUUCUAAGACCGAGUGAUGAACGUACAGAAGCUGAUAAGGCUAAAGCACGAUUUGCUCAUAUUGAUGGUGAUCAUUUAACACUGUUGAAUGUGUAUCAUGCAUUCAAGCAAAAUCAUGAUAAUGAUGAAUGGUGUCAGCAAAAUUACCUUGAUUAUUAUUCAUUAGUAAUGGCUGAUAAGAUUCGGACACAACUCGGACAUAUUAUGGAUCGAUUUAAUCUAAAACGUUCAUCUACGAAAUUCACUUCACCUGAUUAUUAUCUAAAUAUUCGCAAAGCAUUAGCUAGUGGAUUUUUUAUGCAAGUCGCACAUUUAGAGAAAAAUGGAUAUUAUUUAACAAUAAAAGACAAUCAAAUUGCUCAAUUACAUCCAUCGACUGUACUUAAUCAUAAACCUGACUGGGUUUUAUAUAAUGAAUUUGUUUUAACAACAAAAAAUUAUAUUCGUACAAUAACAGAUAUAAAACCAGAAUGGUUAUUGUCAAUAGCACCGCAAUAUUAUGAAGUUUCAUCAUUACCUGAUUGCGAAGCUAAACGACAAUUAGUGCAUUUACAUAAUGGAAUGAAGAAUAAACGAAAUACUGAACAAAUAUCAAGGACUGAACCUUCGAACUGGAGCUGUAUACUAUUCUAA